CAAUCACAGAGCAGUAUCGUAGUGAAGAAGGCGGGUUUAGUGUGAAUACGGGUAGGAAUAAUAACCCAGGUUUGGUUGAUGGGUUGGAAACAUGGCGGCUGUCGUUUUGGUUAGCCGUCCUGCGAGUGUCCUUCCCAGGCUUUCCAGUGCCUGCUCGCCUGCGGUGCUGGCCGCUGGGCCUGUUGCAAUCCAGCACAGGCAGAUCCACCAUGCCCUCAUCCCUAAAGGCAAAGGGGGUCGCUCCUCGUUCAGCGGAAUAGCAGCCACCGUGUUCGGGGCCACUGGCUUCCUGGGCCGAUAUGUUGUCAGUCGACUUGGACGGAUCGGCUCUCAGGUCGUGAUUCCUUACCGGUGUGACCAGUAUGAUCUCAUGUACCUCAAACCCAUGGGCGAUCUCGGCCAGAUCAUCUUCAUGGAAUGGGAUGCAAGGGAUUCAGAAUCAGUCAAAAGAGCAAUAGCUCACUCAGAUGUUGUGAUCAACUUGGUGGGAAGAGAGUGGGAGACCAGAAACUACAAGUUCGAGGACGUGUUCGUGACCAUCCCUCAGCAGAUUGCGAAGGCGUCACGGGAAGCCGGAGUCUCAAAGUUCAUCCACGUCUCGCACCUCAACGCCGACAUCCGCAGCCCGUCAAAAUACCUGAGAAAUAAGGCUGUUGGGGAGACGGCUGUGAGGGACGAGUUCCCAGAUGCCAUCAUCAUGAAGCCGUCCGAGUUCUUCGGAAGAGAAGAUCGCUUUUUCAACCACUUCGCUAACAUGCGUUGGUUCGGCAAGGCCGUGCCUCUGAUAGCGAUGGGCAAGAAAACAGUUAAGCAGCCUUGUCACGUGGUGGAUGUGGCCAAGGCCAUUGUUAAUGCCAUUAAAGAUCCUGAUGCCAACGGCAGAACAUAUGCAUUAGUCGGGCCUAACCGAUACCUGCUGCAUGACCUGGUGGAAUACGUGUACGCUGUGGCCCACAGGCCAUUUGUGGCGUACCCCUUGCCACGCCCUCUCUAUCAUCUCAUUGCCAGCUUCUUUGAGAAAAAUCCCUUUGAGCCAUGGACGACACGUGACAAAGUGGACCGGUUCCAUUUAACGGACAUGAAGUACCCAGACCUGCCAGGCUUUGAGGACCUGGGCAUCACGCCUUCCUCUGUGGAGCAGAAAGCCAUCGAGGUCUUGCGCCGUCAUCGCCGUUUCCGCUUCCUGGAGGCCGAGCUGAGCGAGACCAAGCCUGCCAAAACAGUCACCUAUUGAGCAAUCAGUCAGAGCGCAGUCCUCUGCUCGUCUUCACACCUUGUGCUGUCUGGUUUUACUGCAACUCUGUACAUAAAUAAAUCAUAAAUAAAUAAUUAAAUAAAGAUGA